AUGGGCGAGUCGCCGUCAUCCUCUUCGUCAUCAACAACACUCCAGUGCGCGGGAGAGAAAGGGUCGUCGGCCGAGAUCACGGCAAAACCAGAGGAAUGGGUGAGGGGCGUGGGAUUCUGGCGGUGUUUCAUCGGUCUUUGCAUCCCCAUCCUUCUCUCAGCGUUCGAGGGCAGCGUGGUCAGUACAGCACUUCCGACCAUUUCUCGUUCCCUUAGUCUUGGUCCCAACUCGUCAUGGGUGGCAACCGCCUUCCUGCUGGCUUCUAUUGUGUUUCAACCGCUGUAUGGGCAGCUCGCAGACAUAUGGGGGCGAAGGCAUCUAAUGAUGGCUGCUGUCGUCAUCUUCGGGGCUGGCAGUGGUAUCGCCGGGUACGCCAACAACUGUGCCGUUCUGAUUGUCGGACGCAUUGUUCAGGGUAUGGGCUCCGGGGGGAUUGACCUGUUUGCCGAGCUGAUCCUCUGUGACAUCAUUCCCCUGAAAAAGAGAGGGCAUUAUGUCGCCAUCAAGGCCGCCGUGUACGCUUUGGGGACCACGGUUGGACCGCUUCUUGGGGGCGUCUUUGCCCAGACCAAUUGGCGAUGGUGCUUCGGCGUCAACCUGCCCAUCUGCAUCGUCGCCCUGGUCUUGAUGUGGUUGUGGCUACAACUCAGCAGCGGCAACUCUUGGAAGGGAAUCUCGGUGCUCCAGCAAAUUGGCCAGGUCGACUAUCUGGGCCUCGUUCUCCUGACUGCCGCCGUCAUCUUGAUUCUGUGCGCCCUGACCCUGGCCGGCACCGUCUACCUGUGGUCCGACCCUGUCAUCGUGCUGUUUCUGUCCGGGGGCUUCACGGGCAUACUCGCCUUCAUCUUCUGGGAACGGUCUCCACGAUGCGCGCAUCCCAUCAUGGCACCCCGCGUCUUCUCCAACCGAACCACCAUCGCAGCUCUGAUCAUCACGGCUGUCCACGGCUUUAUCACAUACGGCUUCCAGUUCUAUCUGCCGCCCUUCUUCCAGGCUGUGCUCGGAGCUUCGCCAACGCAAUCCGGAAUCCUCAUACUGCCGUGCAGCCUCACCAUUGUUAUCCUCGCCGCCGUUGGGGGCCCGCUGCUGGCAAGGUUCGGAAAGUACCGCUUGAUGCACAUGGGUGGCUUUGCCCUGAUGGUUUCGGGUCUGCUGCCCUGCAUCACCUUGGAGGACGGAGGGUCCGUAGCCCUCUGGAUUAUGUUGUCCUUCAUGGUCGGCAUCGGCUCAGGCAUCAUCGUCUCUACCACCCUGCCGACCGUGCUUGUCGAGCUCACAGACAAGGACAACGCGUCGGCAACCGGCACUUGGGCUUUUCUUCGCGGACUUGGCUCGCUCCUCGGCGUGGCCAUUCCCAAUGCCGUGUUCAACGCUCGCUUCUCCACCACCCUCCACUCGAUCGAGGACUCUCUCGCCAGGGGUGCAUUGAGCAACGGGCAGGCGUAUGAACAUGCCUCGGCAACCUUCAUCUCCAACUUUGACGACCACAUCAGCGAGCAGAUUGUUCGGGCAUUUACCGCAAGCUUCAAGCUUGUUUGGAUCAUCUUCCUCGCUUUAGCAGUCUUGGGUUUGGUUAUCACCCUCCUCGAGCGCCAGGUUCAAUUGAGAAGGGGCCUGGAUAGUGACUACGGGUUGAAGGAUUCGCAGGCACGGCGGAAGAACUCGGAUUCCAUUCCGUGCGCUCAGGCACCGCAACCGCAAGUCUAA